AUGAGGCACCUAGGUGAAAAUCUCUGGGUAAAUCACCACUGCGGAGAACACCUCUAUCUAUUCUACAAUGCGGCAAAGGCAUAUUCUCCUGAGGAGUUUAGCGACCAUUUUAUGGAAUUCAAGAACUACUAUCCCGAGGCAGCCUUUUUCCUCGAGCAUGAGCUUGGUUUUGAGAAAUGGAGCAGGGCAUAUUUCCCCGACAACAGGUUUGACGUGAUGACCAUAAAUAUUGCGGAGUCGAUGAACGCUAUGUUGAUUGACGAAAAGGAGUACCCCGUGGCAUCCAUAUUUAAUUCGAUUGCCAAGAGGUUUGGUGAAAUAUUCAGGAAGAGGCGUGCCUACAUCCUCAAAUGUAAGGAUAACAAAUUUGUUCCCGCUGCUGAAAAGAUCUUAAGAGAUAAUAGGAGCAAGGGAGGCUCCUUCUAUGUGGAGAACAUAAGUGGGGACGAAAGGCAAUACACUAUGUUCGGAAGUGGCUGUACAGCCAAAGUCAACCUACUGAAAAGGUCAUGUUCUUGUAGGAAGUUUGACUUGGUCAAAAUACCAUGCGAUCACGCGAUAGCCACUUUGUGA